AUGGCGCCAUAUUUCCACACCCGUGAACCAGCAGCCACUAUACCCGAUUUCGUUGGAAUACCAUUUUUUCUAAUAAGCCUUAACGGUAUGCAACUUUUUAAAUGGACACCGAAUGAAGAGGCUAGUCGACGAAAGCUGUUGCUGAUUACCGCAUUCUCGGUUAUCGUGACUUACGAUUGUGUUUCUAUGUUGUCAGUCUUUGCAUUUGUAAAAUUGGAACGUUUGGACUACACCACAUUUGCUCUGUAUUGGGGCUAUGCGCUAAACUCAUUGAUGAAAGGCGGCACCUUAUGGUUUGGACGUCGUCAAUUGGAAUUCAUACUCAAAAGUAUGGUGGAGAAACAUCCAAAAACGAUUGCGGAACGUCAGGAGUAUCACUUGGUGGCAUAUUUCACAAAAAUCAAAUCAUUUAAUAAAUACCUGACAAUUUUCCAUUUGUGCACAACGUCACUCUUCAACAUACAACCAAUGGUGUCGUCGAUUGUCGAGUAUAUGGGUCGGCAGGAUAAAGAGGAGGAGUUCAAAUAUAAGCUUCCGUUCAUAAUGUACUAUUAUUACAAUGAAAGGCAACCCGUACUUUAUUUAUUCAGUUAUUUUCUACAAUGUAUGGGCGGCUUUUAUAUGUCUUAUUUAUUCUUGGGUGGCGAUCUGUUGCUUAUGACUUUAGUACAUUUGGUCAAUAUGCAUUUCGAGUAUUUAAUAAGGCGUAUCGAGUCACUGCAACCAACCGAAGACAGUGAGAAGGAUUUGAAUUUGCUAGGUCCGUUGGUUACUUAUCAUCUCGAAAUUCUGGAUUAUGUAAAAAAAAUUGAUGCCACUUUCAGCCUCUCCAUAUUGUUAAAUUAUAUAGCUUCAUGUUUAUGCCUUUGUCUACUUGGUUUGCAAAUUGUGAUGGGCAGUGAUUUAGUAACUGUGGUGAAGUUUUUUGCCUUUCUUGUCUCCACAAUGGUGCAUGUUUAUUACAUAUCCCACUUUGGCAACAAUCUAAUUGAUUUGAGUACUGGCAUUAGUGAUGCCUUCUACAAUCAUCCUUGGACCAAUGCGAAAUAUAAAUAUUCGCGCAUGUUAGUGCUGCCCAUAGCUCGUGCGCAACGGUAUGCUCACUUGACAGCUUUUCAAUUCUUUGAAAUUUCAAUGCAUAGCUUUAAGUCCCUCUGCACCACUUCCUACCAAUUCUUCACCCUCAUAAGGACUAGUUUGGAGGAAGAUUUUCAUUAG